UCGCCUCCAUAGACUGCGUCGCACUCUUACGGCAGAAGCGUACGCACCGGUGACAGCCUGCGCUCGAUUCUCAGCGCAAUGACACCAGCGAACCUCAGGAACUAAAACAAGUCAAACCUGAAGCAUCGCAUCAAGAUGGUUCUGGAAACGAUCUCCAGGAUAAUUAAAGUCCAACUUCCAGCGUAUCUCAAGAGGCUUCCGCUGCCGGAGAGCAUCGGGGGCUUCGCGAGCUUAACAGUGUCUGAGUGGCUCCGGCUGCUGCCUCUCCUGGGCAUCCUGGCUUUGCUGGGGUACCUGACCAUCCGUCCAUUCCUGCCCAAGAAGAAGAAGCAGAGAGACAGCCUGAUCAACCUGAAGAUCCAGAAAGAAAACCCCAAGGUGGUGAACGAGAUAGACAUCGAGGACCUGAACAGCGCUAAUGUGUGUUACUGUCGCUGCUGGCGCUCCAAAACUUUUCCUGUUUGUGACAAGUCACAUUUAAAGCACAAUGAGCUGACCGGGGACAACGUGGGACCGCUCAUACUCAAAAAGAAGAUUCUAUAAUCAACUGCUGAUGGGAGUUUUCCUUUCCCCUCCCCAGUCUUUAGUUUUCAUUUAACAGUUUGUAGUUUUGUCUGUUUUUUUUUUUCCGUUGUUUUGUUUUUACAUAUCUUGAUCUUGCUUUGGUGUCAUGUUUUGUAGAAAUAUUAACUUCCAGAGUGAAGUGGCCCUACUUCCACAGUCAGUUAGUGUGAAAACUGUAUUUUCCUGUGCAGUAAGGAAGGGUUUUGUUUUGUUUUGGUUGUGGCCAUUGUUCACUGUUGUGAUAUGACUGUCAACUCACUUAAAGUCAUGUCUCAGAUUUUUUGGAAUCAGUUAGAAGCCAUCGGGAGACUCGGGACCACUGAGGGGAAAACUUGAAGCUCAAUUUCAGCAACGUUGUGACGACUUUAAAUGAUUCGAAGCCAUGAGCGCAAACUUGGUUCAUCCUGUCAUCAAAAUGUUGCACAGCAAGCUUUCAUUUUGGACAAAGCUUUCUUUCUUUCUUUCGCUUCCGUUUUUCCGUGUGCCAAAUAUUUACAUACUGUCAGGAUGUGAAACGCUGUCCUUAUAAGUUAUUGUGUGUAUGGGAAGCUACUUAUUAUUCUUCAAAUGUAUUUUUGUUCAUAGCCACUAAACACACGUUUUACACUUUGUUGCCUUCAAACAUUUCAAACAACUGCACUGUUGAGUAAUAUCCAGUUUUAGCCUCACGGCCCCGCCAAGGUUUUUUCUAAACGCCGUUUAUUUUUCUAGCCUCUGUAUAAAGUUGACUUCCUGCUAGAGCCUUUCUACUUUUUAAUUCGUCAGCAAUAUGUUAUACAUAAAGUGCUUGUAUUGUCAGAUAUGUAUUUUCAUCAUAAUGUCUGAGAAUGACUGUGUGUGUGUUUAUGAACCUUUGUAAGGCUGAAAUUCAUUCAUUCAUUCAUUCAUUCAUUCAUUCUGCAAUACAAAUGUGAAAUGUGCAAAGAAAUAGUCUCAAUAGUUUAACUCAGCAGGAUCUGUUACAACUGGGGAACACUUCACUUAACCUGGAGUUGAAAUAAGUAUGUAUGAAUGUCAAGGAAUCAGAGAACACCUUAUUUUUUUAAAUGUGUCUGUUACUGAAUGUUUUUCCAGGUAAAACUUAAAUUCAGGCUCAUAUUUACACAGAGGUUCCUUAUUAUAGGCAAAGCUUUAAACCAAGAGAUUCAUUUCUUUCUUUUCCUUUCUCAAGUGUUUCAUAAACUUAGGGUUGUGGGUUUGCAUAAAGAAUUUAACAACA